AUGACGUUCGAAAAUGUGAAUUUGAUCAAGGAAAAGUUGAGAGUAGCACAAGAUAGACAGAAAAGUUAUGCGGAUAAGCGCAGGAAAGACCUUGAAUUUGCAGUAGGAGAUAAAGUUUUUCUUAAAUUAUUUCCUUGGAAAGGGGUGUUGAGAUUUGGCAAGCGAGGAAAGUUGAGUCCACGAUAUAUUGGACCUUAUGAGAUUACUGAACGGAUUGGCCCAGUUGCAUAUCGAUUAGAUUUGAAUUAUCUUGGAUCCAUGAUGUUUUUCAUAUCUCCAUGCUUCGCAAUUCACUUGAAGGAGAAUUUGACUUAUACAGAGGAGCCAGUGAGAAUUCUAGCUAGAAAGGUGCAAAUUCAGCGGAACAAGACAGUCUCACUUGUUAAGGUACUCUGGCAGAAUCAGACAGUAGAAGAGGCUACAUGGGAGAACGAGGAUCAGAUGCGUGCUCAAUAUCCUCGUUUAUUCAUUGCUUAUUCAGUUGCCAGUUGA